AUGUCGGUCAAUCGCAAGCACGGCGUAUCUCCCGCUCUCGAGAAUCGCAUGAAGCGCUCGGCCAUAGACCUCAUCGCGCAUGCCGGGAAGGCCCUCAAUAUGGACCAUGUUGCGAUGGGCACAGCAGUGGUCAUCUUCCACAGGUAUUACGCCACCCACUCCUUUCUCCUGAACGACAAGUUUCUCAUUGCGAUGGCAUGUCUCUACCUGGGAGGCAAGCUGGAGGACACCCCCAAGAGCGCCCGCGAUGUCAUCACAGCAUGCUGCAUGCGGCGCUAUGGGCCAGAGGUCGCGGGGCUCUCUCUCCGCAACCAUGACUUUCUCACAGCAGCAAGGGAACGGCUCUUCCUGGCCGAGAGGGCUGUGCUGUAUGCCCUGCGCUUCGAUGUCGCCAUAGAGCACCCCUUUGGCACGAUGCUGGCCGCGCUGAGGAGGCCGGCGCUGACGCGAGUGUGGCAGGAGUGGGGCCAGGCUCACCCCGGCUCCGUCAGCUUCCAGCAGAUGUGCAUCAACCUGCUGAACGACAGCUACAAGCUGCCGCUGUGCCUAAUGUUCCCAGCGUGCCAUGUUGCGCUGGCGUGCAUCUGGACGGUGAUGAAGGUGCUCAGGAUCCCGACCCGCCUCAGCGACGACGGCGUCACCCCCUGGUGGCAGGAGCAUGGAAUGCAGCAUGAGGAUCUCAAAGAGAUAUCCUGCAUGCUGCUGGAGCGGCUGUACCAUGCAGACGACGGCGCUGGAGGCACUGUGGGACCGGUAAGUGCUGCCUGCCCCACUCCCACUCCCCCAAAGCAGCUGCGUGCCGUAGGAGUGAAGCGCAAGGCAGGGGAGACCGGCGGCGCGGAGGAGUACAACGACCUCUUUGACGAGCUGCUGGCGUGA